UGAAGGGUUAAAGAUCACCGAGCAGCGGAUCGUCUCCCGGUAGUGGCUCGGCGGGCAGCGCUGGCUCCGAUCUGUCAGCUCGCUGUGGAUUGUGGGAGUCGGGGACACUGCCCUGUUCGUUACCGGAGAACGGGAGACAUUUUCCGCUGCGCUCCGUUUCAAGUCUGACGCUGGUUGCAUCGUCAGCAUCAUGUCCAGCCGAGGAGGAAAGAAGAAGUUGACCAAGACAUCUCGGUCCACUAAGGCCGGCGUCAUCUUCCCUGUGGGCCGGAUGCUUCGCUACAUCAAGAGGGGGCUGCCCAAGUAUCGCAUCGGGGUGGGAGCGCCCGUCUACCUGGCCGCCGUCCUUGAGUAUCUCACGGCGGAGAUCUUGGAGCUGGCCGGUAACGCAGCCAGAGACAAUAAAAAGGGUCGGGUAACGCCUCGACACAUCCUGCUGGCCAUCGCCAACGACGAGGAGCUCAACCAGUUGCUGAAAGGUGUGACCAUCGCAGCAGGCGGAGUUCUGCCCAACAUCCAUCCAGAGCUGCUGGCCAAGAAGAGAGGCGCCAAGGGCAAACUGGAGACGCCGGUCUCACCUGCACCCGAAAAGAAACCCAAGUCAGUCAAGAAAACGGCAGCUAAGAAACUGAGCGGGAAGAAGGCAGGAAGGAAGGCCAAGAAGCAGGGCGAGGUGAGCAAGGCAGCGUCGGCAGACAGCACCACAGAGGGAUCUCCGGCCGACAGCUUCACCGUUCUCUCCACCAAGAGCCUCUUCCUGGGCCAGAAGCUCAACCUCAUCCACAGCGAGGUCAGUAACUUGGCUGGCUUUGACGUGGAGGGGGUCAUCAACCCCACCAAUGCUGAGCUUGAACUUAAAGACGAUCUAGGCUCUGCUCUGGAAAAAAAGGGAGGGAAGGAGUUCACUGAUGCGCUGCAGGAGCUGAAGAAGAAAAACGGCCCUCUGGAGGUGGCUGGUGCCGUGUUGACCGCCGGCUUUGGUUUACCCGCCAAGUACGUCAUCCACUGUAACAGUCCUGGCUGGGGCUCCGACAAGUGUGAGGAGCUGCUGGACAAGACGGUGAAGAACUGCCUGGCUCUGGCCGACGAGAAGAAACUCAAGUCUGUGGCCUUCCCCUCCAUCGGCAGCGGAAGGAAUGGUUUCCCGAAGCAGACGGCGGCCCAGCUGAUCCUGAAGGCCAUCUCCAGCUACUUCGUGGCCACCAUGUCUUCCACCAUCAAGACCGUCUACUUCGUGCUGUUCGACAGCGAGAGCAUCGGCAUCUACGUGCAGGAAAUGGCGAAGCUGGAGACGAGCUAAAAGUAUGGAAUAUUCGCCUCCUUGUCCCUCUUCCCCCUGAUUUUUCCUGCAAGGAAAGAGGAAGGUGUUUACGAGCAAUUUGUUAAAUAUGAAGAGAAGAAGAAUCUUUCUAAAGGCCGGGAACUUGAUUUUGCAUUAUGUUUGUAUUUUUCCUAUAUUGUUUUUAAUUUCUUAUUUACUUGUCACCUCUGGCAUUUAAAUGUACAAGUGCACUGGUCAUUCUUGCGGUCUUUUAAUACACAGUGCCACACAAAACAGAAUAAUUCAGCGAGCGAGAAGACUCACUGUAAGAUUUCAUUUUCAAGAUGUAUACGGUUAAAAAAAAAGAUGUUAUGAGACGUAGCUACACCUCAAUUACAAGGCUUCCAGGGAAGUCCGAUAAAUACGGGUUAAUGCAUGUAAAGGCAGUAAAGAUACUGAAAAAAAAAAAACAGAUAUUCUCUUUUCUUUUGAGCUCAAUAACACAAGACACGUAAUUGUGUGUUGUAGUUUUUUGUUUCAAUUCAGCGUUUUGGACAUCUCUGUUGUUAAUAGUACUGUAUAAUGAAAAGGUAAAGAGUUAAAGUACAAUUUGUUCAGUUUUGGUCUUCAGGAGAGGCAUAUAACAGAACAAUGGAAUGACUUUUUGUUUUUGUGUUGUGUGUUGCAAAUUGCUCUUUUUGCCUUCAUUUAUGAGGCAAAAAGUGUUUUCUUAGUGUUCUGCAGACACCUUGAAUUUCCAAAAUGACACGUGAUUGGAAAGAUUAAUUAAUAGGAAAGUAAAAAUGAUACUGAUGUUAUGAGUUUACACUGUAAACUGAACAUCUGUUGGUUAUUUACAGUAAAAAAUGAUUAAUUUAUAAACAAGAAUUGGAGAUUGGAGGUUUUCGCAGUGCACCGAUGAUUUAUAUUGUGUGUUCCUAUAAGUGUUUAUAUAGAUGGGGUAUUUGUGAAAUGUUAUAGUAAAAUAUUGGACUGUAACAUAGAUUUUUAUUUUCUAUUUUAAUUUUCACACUGAUUCUAAAUGGCACAGGAAGAAAAAAAAAGUCAUUAGAGGUUGUUUUUUCGUGCGUGUUUCUGUCUUUGUUAAGCCAUAAAACGAGUGUAGUCAUGUUUUCGCUGGAGGCUCUGCUGUUGCUUUUGGUUUUGCUCGUUCAUUCAGCCGCCACCAGAUGGCUCCCUGUAAUCAGCAAUUGGAUUUUUCAUCUCAGCCAUUUUCUGUGCAGCAGCAGCAGACUUCUUCACACAGACGCUAGUCGAUUUCAGUUGGAUUUGAAUUGGAACUGAUGGACGUAUAUAUAUGAGGACCCGACUGCUUUGCUGCAUUUGAACUUUUCAACAGCCUAACUUUCUUAUUAUAAAAAAAAGAAAAAUUUAAAUGCUUUCUAAAGAAUUGCUACAAUUGAUGAUUCUACAAAAGGUCUGUACACACUCCGGUAAUAAAAUACAUUUAAAAACA